AUGCCAAAACCAAAGAAACAUCGUAUUAAUAAGGAUCGUUCAAAAGCUAUUUAUACCAAUACUAAAACUAGAAAUUUAGUUGAAUGCAAAUGUACAUUACAUUAUCAUAGUAGUAGAUGGCGUUAUUCUUCAACCUCAAGAAGCAUUAAAAAUAAUUCUGUUGUAACUGAAACAGUAUUGGCUUUAAAAAGAAAAAAAAAAUAUAAUAUUCUUGAUCAUGAUGAUCCAGAAAUUGUUUCAGAUCCAUCGGACGAUAGGGAAGAUUAUGAAAUUCUGAUUAAUGAUGAAGAGUCCUUUACAGAGAAAGAUAAUUGUACUUUGAGUGAAGACAGUGAAGACGAUAUUCCGCUUGAACAAUUUACUGCUCUGAUUUUGAUGAUUUUGAUUCUGAUUUGA